GUUUCAAAGUCCAUACAAUUUUGUUAUUGUGUUAUUCGCAGUGCUCUGGUAUUUCCACCUCAGGUGUGUAGGAAGUGUAAUCCCUAUCAUCUCCAUUCUCAUUGUAAUCUUUCCUUCUCUUUGACUUUCUCUAAUUACCUUCGUUGACCGAAGAAGAGUAAUCAUCAUCAUUGAACUACUUCGGCUGCUCCCUGUCAUCCGCACUCCCAGAAUGCUUCUCCACUUCCUUUCACUUAUCCCUAGCCUUUCGUACCACGUGGUGCAAUAUGCUCUUCAAAGCCUCAAUACAGACAGACGUAAUCAGGUAAUCACAAGCACCAUGAGUUACUCCCUUCAUCAUCACUCUUUUGAUCAUUCACAAACAUUAUCAUAACAUGCAAAUCCAUGUCAACAUCGAUGUGCUCCAACAAUUUGACUUCGUCCAUGUCUGACAUAUGAACAUCCCUAAUGACGAUAUCAUAUCAUUUUUUUCUUCCCUCCAGAAUUGAGAGGGCUUCUUCCACUCUACUGCAUAUAUUGCACUUCAUGCUUUCAAGUUUUGAGCAUCUUUUCUAUGAUCAUAAGACAAGUGAGAUCGUCAUCAGAGACCAUAAUAUAGAGUCCCACCAGGAACUCAUCACAGAUGGUUUCAGUAGAUUUCCAGCUAACCCUAAAGCAAACAAUAGAGACACAUCCCUUUCCAUUAGUCGAGAUGUGGACGGAAAGUUAAUUAUGGAUACUAAUAUCACUCUCUUACAUGCCUCCUCCAACGAAGCCAACUCGCAGAUUUGAAGUUUGCACAAAUUUAUCAUACUUUGUACUUUAAUAUACUAUGAAUAUUGCGGAUUGUGAAUAUUCGAAUGCACGACCACUUGGCCAAACCAAACUCUAAUAUAAUAUCAUAAACCUAAUGGUCCCAAUAACUCGAGUUGUUGAGAGAGGUCCAUAUAUGAAUCUUAACUACUUCCUACAAGAUGCGAUAUGUAGCUAACACAUACGAUUCAUUUCACCCACUAAUUGUGAAUUAUUAACAAACUUAUUUUUAUUAUUGAUUAUUUGUACUUUGUUAUAUACAAGGGCGAAGCCAGGAAUUGAACUUCUAUGGAGCCAAAAAAUUUAUAAUAGCAGUAAACCUACAAAUUUUAGCACUUUUUCAAUAUAAAUUUUGAACUAUAAAGAGAAAUCAAUCAUACAUGUGUAGUAUUUUAGUUGCUUUCAAUGGCUGGAAGUCCAAAUUCGUCAAUAACAUUCCUACAUUUGGGAUUCUUAAUUUUUUUGAAAAAAAUUGAUUUCAAAUCAUAAAUCCAAAAGUAUAUUUAUAAAACAUAACUAUCAAAAUAUGAUUUUCUACGUCUUCCAAAAUCAUUAAAAUUAAGGAACUGACACAAGUUUAUCAAAAUAAUUAAUAACAUAAUGUUGCAAGUGGAAGGACUCAAAUGAAACAUUAUAAAGUUUAAGUACUUCAAAGGAAUUAAAAAGUGAAAAUUAACGAAUUAAAAUACUAGAUAGGAUUGAAAAAACAAUGAAUAUAUAGAACCUGAUCCUAUGCUCGGCCAUUGAAUUGUCUAUCACUUCUAGCCUUUAGGGGCUCUUCGAACCCCCAAUUGAUUUUGAAUGCAUUCCACGAUGCUCAAAUCACCACUCAUUUUUAAACAAAAUUCGCGUCUCACUCCUUCAAGUCGACGACAUAUUGAGGAGUGCACUUGUGCUUCUUGCAGAACUUGAUGACUUUGGCUAGAAUCACGCCGGUGAUGUUGGUCAUUGGGGAUCGGGGUGUAGUCGUCGUGACAGUCAUCCUUGAUCAUGUGCUUGAUUGUUUGCGAUUGUACUGCCACCGCCUCCUCCACUUGGAACGGCUCGUCGUCGCUGUUCUUCAGGGUGAUAAACUUUUUCUCGCUGCACUUGUCGACACUGUUACGACAAUCGGGGAUCUUGGUUAACUUCUUCAAAUAUUUUUUGUGGCAUGCAAGCGAUCAGAAAGCGAGAGCGAUUGAUUGAUUGUUUGAUGAAGAUGGGAGAAUGUCUGAAUGUGUAUGCAUUGCUCGGUAUUGCUUAUCCAUAUAUAUAGGAAGAGAGCCUAAUUGCACAUUGAUUUGAUUUUAGGAGCUCCGAAACCAAAACAGAAAACAUACUUUUUAUGCAUGUUCGGAAUUUUUUUAGUCGCGCCUUAAUCGAAUAAUCGUUCAUUUCAACU